AUGGAAGUGGCUGGAACCAAGGUCAGGGCCCAACAGGGUUUCUUCCCCAUGGCCCCACUUAUUCAUCUGCUUGAGGCUUCAGCCCUCUCAACUCAGUAUGGGGGGAGGGGGACAGUAACAGUGGCAACGCGAGAACAGCCUGGCUGCAUUGAAGAAGAGAGGGGCCAAGAUGCCCUUACCGUCUUCCCUGCCUCCCUCUGUUGUAGCCUGACAACUGGCACAGCUGGGAAGGCCGAGUGGCGCCCACUGCACCUUCUCUUAGGCUCUCUGUGGGGAGCAGUGAACCACGGGGAUUCCCCCCCCCCCCACCUCCCCAGCCCACUGUUAGACAUCAGGGAAGUAGAGAUUAGCCCCUCCCCCAAAAUCUCUGUGCCUGUGCCUUGCCUCUAG